AAAACAUUAACUUACUCAAAGUAAUGAUAAUAUGAUUUUAUUUCAAUGCUAGUUGAAUACGAGUCGUUAGAAAGCGAUGUGUUGCUAGCUUAUUGCUGUCGUCAAUGCUUCUUAUCAGGCGUGGCUAGAGAAUGUAACCGAUUUAUCGUACAGUUUAAAUACGCAUCCAGUGCUGAAGACAUAGUCAGAAGACCAUGAUUGAUAUCAAAGCAUGGGCAGAAUAUGUGGUGGAAUGGGCUGCCAAAGAUCCAUAUGGUUUUCUCACAACGGUUAUCCUGGCAUUGACCCCUCUGUUUAUCGCCAGUGCCCUGUUGUCCUGGAAACUCGCCAAGAUGAUAGAGGCCAAGGACCGUGAGCAGAAGAAGAAACAGAAACGGCAAGAGAACAUUGCAAAAGCCAAGAGAGCAAAGAAAGAUUGAGCUAGAAACUCUGCAGUGUAGAGGGGUCAAAAGAAUUGCCCAAUCUCCCGACACAGCUCCUGUAUCAACUCUUGUAAAGCAGGACAUAUAAAUGGGAUCCGGAGCAGGACUGGAGGUCUUUCUGAAGGGCUGUUUAUUUAUCUCAAUGGCAGGACUGCAGUACUUUUAUAGAAUAUGAUCAAUGCAGUACUCUGCAUGACUUCGCAAUACUCUGCAUUCCAUUUUUACAGUUUUUUUGCCGUUUAAAUGUUAACUCCACAAAAAUCUUAAAUUAUCUUUUUAAAUAAUAAAAAACUAUGUGAUCUUUGUCUCAAA